AUGCCAGUUUGUGGAAACAAUAGUUGUGACAAGGAAUAUGAUGAGACAACUUUAGAUCAAUGUUGUUAUCAUCCAGGUAGCGCUAUCUUUCAUGACGGUAUGAAAGGUUGGAGUUGUUGUUCAAAAAGAGUUAUAGAGUUUGAAGACUUUUUACAAAUAUCAGGGUGUGCAUCUGGGAGACAUAAAGAAAAGCAAAAGAAAGAACCAACUACUAUAGUUCAACACAAUCCAUCAACAUCUUUAUCUGCAUCGACAGUUGAAACCUAUGGCACAAGCAACCCAAAAAACGAUAAGUUUGCACCAAAACCAAUCUCACAAGCUGAAGCCAGCAAGAAAAUUGUACUCCCACCAAAGGAAUACGUUGAAGUCAAUGACCCAGAAAAUGCAGUCAUUGCUGUCAAUGGUCCUUGUCUCAGACAAGGUUGUAAGUCAGUCUAUGUCGAUGAAUCUUCACGUCAACAAGAAUGUAUCUAUCAUUCAGGUGAACCAGUUUUUCAUGAUGGUUCAAAAGGUUAUUCUUGUUGUAAACCUAAAGCAGCAAUAUUUGAAGAAUUUUUAAAGAUUAAAGGAUGUAAAACUGGAAAACAUAGAUUUGUUGGAGAGAAAAAGGUUCAAGAAAAUAGUAUAGUAUGUAAAUAUGAUUGGUAUCAAUCGUAUGAUGCUGUUCAUCUUACAAUCUAUGCUAAACAAGCCAACACACAAUUGUCAAAGAUCGAAUUCACUGACAAUCAAACUAUCGACAUUCACAUUGUCUUGAGAGACAAUAAGGAAUUCAACAAGGUAUUGCAUUUGGCUGGAACUAUUGAUACCCAAAAAUCAACCAUUACCUUUUUAUCUACAAAGAUUGAAUUAAAAUUGAUUAAAGAUCCACAAGUUUCUUUUUCAAAAUUGGAACAAGAUGAAUUGGAUUUAUUUAGAUAUCAAGUUUAA